GGUCACCCCCAUCCACUGCAUGCCUAUCAGAUUGGCGCGAGAGGCAGCAGCACACAGCUCACUUCAUUUGUGUGGUUAGCCGAGGUCUACUGAGAGAGCCACUCAAAACUUUUUUUUUCCCUGAAAGAUCUAGAGAGCCACUCAUCAUCGAUAGAUAGAGCAGUUUCUAUUUCUACUACCUUGCCUUUGCUGCUGCUCUACUGUGCUUUGUGGUGGGCUGGUGGCAGCGGCGGCGGACCGGCGACAGUGGUGAUGGAGUUCACCUCUAAGCAGAAGGCUGUGCUUCUCCUCUGCUUCUUCAUGCUCUCCUGCCUUCUUCUUCUUCCCCGGGCUUCCUCUGCUGCGCCUCUUUCCAGAAGCCUGUCGCUGACGAACCGCCAGCUGCCCACGAAGAACCCUGCUCUGGAGGUGCCUGCCCAGCAGGAUCAGGGUGCGGUGGAAGAUGGAAACCUCGGCGAGGUGGCGGCGAGGAUGGACAUCGAGGUGAACGACUACCCUGGAUCCGGUGCCAACAACCGCCAUGAACCUAGGAGCCCUGGGAGACCAUGAACUUUGCUUGACGCCCCGUCAUAUAUAUCAUCCCUGCGUACGUCUCACAGAAGAACGAAGAGCAUGGCAUGGAGUCUUGAGAGUUUUAUAAUUAAGCUACUAAGUACGUAGCAUGCAGCAGGAGUACAUUGUUAGCUAUAAAUUCUACUAGAGCUUAUUAACGAGUCUUGUCGUGUAUACUUAAUUACGUAGCUUAGUACUUGUAUACGUCGAUCGUAUCGUGGGGUGUGGUACGGCCGGUGGUGCUGAGGCCGUCUAAGCUAGCUGCAUAGUAUUUUGUUAGGGCCUUCAACAACGCACUGUCAGAAGAUCAAGUGAACGAGCUGGCCGUGCUAGCUGUUCCGUGUAUAGCCAGCGGCAGUCUUGUUCGUUUGAGCUUAUCAGCCGAAUCUGCUAGUUAUUUAGUAGUAUUUUUCUCUCACAAUAAAUCAGCCAAUAGUACUUUCUGUCAUGGCUUAUCAGCCAAACACGGCCAUUCAACACGUACGUCGAUAGUCGAGUCGAUA